AUGGAGACUUUUAUGGAAUACAUCCAAACUGUCAUUGCUCAGGAUUUCGGUUUCUCAGACGAAGAAACAAUGAAGUCCCUGCAAGACUGCCUCAGGAAGCUCCAUAGCGACCGUAUGUUGCAACCAGCUCCGCCAAAACCGGGUGAUAUGCCUGAAACUCCAACGAAACCGUUUGGACCAGUGCUUAGCCGUUCGAUGAUCGAUAUUCGUCUAGAUAUUGCCGAAAUACAGAGUCGCUGCUCUCGUGCCAAUUGUGAGUGCUGA